CUUCUUGACAACGACUGGGGAUGACCCGUCUCCCUCCUUAUCGGUAGAUAAAGAUGGAUUCGCCAGAAAACCCGUCCGGUCAGGUAGUCGGUGUGGAGCAGGAUGCUACACCGACCCCCAUGGAUGUGGACACCGCGGUUUUGCUGCUGGGAGCGGGAGUAACGGCCAUCACACACCCGCUGCUAUAUGUGAAGCUGCUAAUACAGGUGGGACAUGAACCUCUUCCCCCAACUGUGGGAACAACCAUGUUCGGACGAAGAGUCUUAUACCUGCCUGGCUUCUUCUCCUAUGCACAGCACAUUGUGAAAGUGGAUGGAAGAAGAGGGCUCUUCCGCGGCCUCUCACCUCGAAUCGUGUCCAGUACCAUCUCCACUGUUGUCAGGAGCAAAGUUAAACAGUUCUUUAUUCAGCAGGUGGAGGUUUUCUCCAAGAGAGAUGACCUGCAGACUUCACUCAGGAAAGUCGUCAGAGAGACCUCACAUGAGAUGAUCAUCCAGUGCCUGUCCAGAGUAGCCACUCAUCCUUUUCAUGUGAUGUCAGUGCGGUGUAUGGCCCAGUUUGUUGGCAGGGAGCUCAAGUAUGGGGGGAUUUUCAGCUGCAUUGUCAAGAUUUUUAAGGAGGAGGGACUUGCUGGAUUCUAUGUUGUUUUGUGUGUUUGCAGUGGUCUCGUACCUCAUGUGGUGGGAGAGGUCCUCUUUCUGUGGUGUUGUAACCUCCUGGCCCACUUUAUUAACACCUACGCUGUGGACGAAAAUUUCAGUCAGGCCUCAGCAGUAAGAAGCUACACUAAGUUUGUGAUGGGUAUUGCAGUGAGUGUUUUGACAUAUCCAUUCAUGCUUGUGGCUGAUCUCAUGGCAGUCAACAACUGUGGCUUGGCUGCAGGUCUUCCUCCUCACUCUCCCAUCUUCAAGUCAUGGCUGCACUGCUGGAAUCACCUGAGCCACAAAGGUUACCUCUUCAGAGGAUCCAGCUUCUUUUUCCGUCGGGUGCCUGUGACCUCCCAGCCCUGCAUUGAGGACUGACAUCAUUUUCAUCAUCCUCCUCAUCCUGCUCCCAAACAUUUUCCAAAGACACCCUCCUGCCUGUCAGCCUCUGCUGCUGUCCGCUACACAGAGACUCAGCUGACAGAGUGCCAAUGAACUUUUCCCUCCAGGAGCUUUAGUGGAGUUCACCACAGAGGUGUCUCUCUCACAAUGGAUUCAUUCAGCUGUUUGAAUCAAUUCAGCAACUACAGCAUGGUUUUGUUCUUGACUGCAGUGACCAGAUGUUGGGAAUGUGCUCCAACUCUGAUUCAUGGCUACUUCUCUGUAGCAACAGCUGCUGAGGCUCAUGGGUACUGCAGUCAUUAAUGCUGUCACACAAACCAAACAUUUACAGCUGAUGGCCAUGACUCAUAUAUUGCUGUAUUCUGUGUCUGCGUUGAAGGGCAUUAAGUUUAACCCUUAAAGGACCAAUUCACCAAUUCACUUCUAAUCCCUUAAAGUUAACAUGACAGCUAACCAUGAGGCAAAACAUGUUCUGUGUUUUGCAAGCAUUAAUGUUUUUUUAUUGAGCAAGCCAGGCAGCCAUAGAUAGCAGGGCAGAGUUUUUAAAUCAGUCAGCACUGAAGCUGCAUGACUAUGCAAAAAUAAUGUCCCAUUGACAAAAGUUAAUACAGGCUUGAUGUCCACUGGGUUGGAUCACACAUGUGAAGAGUGUUUCACAAGAAGUCAUACAUGAAGUACACGUCAUUUGUAAUUAGGAGCUACAAUUUGCGUACAGUGUAAGUACACACUGGUAUUGUUCUUUUGAAGUGAGAUGAUGUAACUUUUGCUAAGUCAUGGCCACAAAUGUUGUUGUUGUUCUUAAUUUUUCAAGGUAGUUGUUUGAAAGACAUCAUUAUGAGGAGACGUGUCAAACUAGGGACAUCAGAGGUCCUUUUUAUCAAGCUAACUUUGGCCCCACAAGGAAACUCCCAGCUGGGAGCGCUUUGGAGGCACAGCGAUUUUUCAGCUGAGAUGUUUUGGUUGCAUCUGGUUGCUAGGUUUUUGAAAAUCUGUGGAAGUAAAAAUGUCAGCACAAGGUAGAGUACUUACUCUGGAUGAAGGGAAGGCUACAUCUACAGGGAGAGAGGACAGAGAUGCUGGUCUUUGAGAAGAAACAU